CUUUUUUUUCGGCGUCGUGGCGGACGGCAUCGGCAGUCCCGUAAUCACGAUCUUCGUGUAGAGUAUUACUGUGACAUCUAUCGUGAGUUUUACUGCAGAGAACACAACGUUCCGCAUUUCCUCCCUCUUUUUUACCAUGAACCAAACACAGGAUCGUAGAGGCGUCGGGAUACUUGCCCUCCAAGGUGCUUUUAUUGAGCAUCAAACAGCACUCCAAAGGAUCCCAUCCGCAAGAAAAAUCAAUGUAUCCCUUGUUCGUACUCCAGCGGAUCUCGCAAAAUGUGAUGCCCUGAUAAUACCGGGCGGAGAGUCAACCACCAUCGCCCUACUAGCAAAACUGGCCGGCCUUCUUGAACCACUACGACAAUUCUCCAAGAUAAAACCUAUUUGGGGAACGUGUGCGGGAGCCAUCCUACUUGCCCAGGCGGUGGAGAACACCAAGCAGGGCGGACAGGAACUCCUCGGAGGUAUAUCUGUGACAGUAGCUAGAAAUGGUUGGGGAUCGCAAGUUGAAUCCUUCGAAGCACCCCUGACUGUAUCCGUUUUGGAAGAUUCGGAGAAACCAUUUACCGGUGUCUUUAUUCGUGCACCCGUGGUCCUUGCCCUCCACCCCAGUCCCGAUGCGCCACCGAUACAGAUCGUAGCUCGUUUACCACCCGAGGCCGUCCCAUCUACCCGACUCCAUACUGGCCUCGAGGACCCUCGCACCAUUGUGGCAGUUCGCCAGGGAAAGCAUUUGUUAACCACCUUUCAUCCCGAGCUCACCAAAGACGGUCGGUUCCAUGAAUAUUUCGUACAGAACUGCAUAUUAUCGCCGCAUUCGAUAUAAUUGUUUAACUGCUCGUUGUAUUUGGCCAUAGAGAUUCGAUAUAGAUGACCUUUGGUUCUGCCUCUGGAGAGGCACAGAGCCGGGGAUGUGUUGUUUACGACUGUUUGGUUCUUUGACUCUGCGAUGACAUCAUUGGG